CUUUGGCCCUAGUGCGCAGGCGUUGUCCUGUCACAAGCUGGUCACCUUGGAGCGCCUCGACGAGCGCGCAGCGACGUCUCCGCCCCCAGCGUCGUCGCCUCUCCCGCCCGGCCCUUGGCGGGUUUGGAGACCCUGCGAGCACCCCGUGUGGCGUUUGGCGCUUUCCUCCUCUCCGUCGCCCCAGCCCCCACCUUUCCCUAAAUCAAAGUCAGACCCCGGAGCCCCAAGUCUGGGGAAGCCGCACGCAGGUCCGGCUGCCUGUUGGGCAUCCAGGAGUUGGGUUCUUGAAUUCUGAAGGUAUUUUAGCAAAAACCGGCGCUGGCGGUGUGUCAGUUAUUUCUAAACUGGAUAACGUGGUAGAAAAUCCCCUUUAAAAGCCCCCUUUUCGCCCUGGAAAGUAUAAGGCUACAGUAUAGUUCGGCCUGAGAAUAUCAACCUCCAGCACAGAUCCGGCCGGCACCUCCUACUCAAAACUAAAACGGAGAGAGGAUCAGUUUUCGGUGUCUGUGGCGUGACUGUCACUGAGCUAAACCUGCAGAAGCUUUGCCCUAUUCUGGCAGGCUGUCUUGGUACUUUCUGGUUUCUUGAUUUUUUUACUCCUUUAGGGCACUCUACGUACACGCCUCCUCCGCUGCUGAGAACAUUUCUGUACCUAAAGAAGACAAGUUCUUCAUCAGCCCUCAUAAACAGAAUAGUUUGGCAAAUAAAUUCCUUUUAAGACGCUUGUUUGAGCCUACAAAACCCAGGAACAAGAUUCGAUUUGUCAUUCCCUAAGGAUUGGAGGGGAUUCUAUUUUCCCAGAAACUUGACUGUGCUGGUCAAAAUUUGCAAAGAGGGUCAAUCAACGUUUUCAAACGAUCGUCCGGCCUUGACCUGAGAACUGGGAGCCAGUGAGUGGGAAGCCAUGGCCGCUGCUGAGGAGGAAAAAAUAAGUGUUGAAGAUGAAGCUGUGGAUAAAAACAUUUUCAAAGACUGCAACAAGAUUGCUUUCUACAGGCGUCAGAAACAGUGGUUCUCCAAGAAGUCCCCCUAUCAGGCAUCACUAGACUCAGUCAGAACAGGCAAAGACAGCACCAGGUUCUGCAUCAUCAAUGAAGCAAAUAAGGUUCCGCUCCUGGCUGAAGUUUAUGGGAUAGAGGGAAAUAUCUUCAGGCUUAAAAUCAAUGAAGAGACUCCCCUGAAACCUAGGUAUGAAGUUCCAGAUGUCCUUACAAGCAAGCCAAGUACUGUAAGGUUGAUUGCACACACAGAGGAUACAGGCAGCCUGGUAUUGACAGAUGGAAAAGGAGAUUUGAAGUUACAUAUCUCAGCAAACCCAUUCAAGGUAGACAUGGUGUCUGAAGAAGAGGUUGUGAUGAGCAUAAACUCCCUGGGCCAACUGUAUUUUGAGCACCUGCAAAGGCCUCAUAGAGUUCAUGCUACCAAAGAACAUGAGGAGGAUGCAUCUACUGACACCUGUCAGGAAAAUCAAGAUGCUCUAGAUCUAUGGGAAGAGAAAUUUGGAAAAUUUGUGGAUAUCAAAGCUAAUGGUCCUACCUCCAUCGGUUUGGAUUUUUCCUUGCAUGGAUUUGAGCAUCUCUACGGGAUCCCGCAACAUGCAGAGUCACACCAACUGAAAAAUACUCGUGAUGGAGAUGUUUACCGUCUUUAUAACCUGGAUGUCUAUGGAUAUAAAAUACAUGAUAAAAUGGGCAUUUACGGUUCAGUGCCUUAUCUCCUGGCCCACAAACUGGGCAGGACUCUAGGUAUUUUCUGGCUGAAUGCCUCAGAAACAUUAGUGGAGAUCAAUACAGAGCCUGAAGUAGAGUACGCACUGACCCAGAUGGGCCCAGUUGCUGCUAAACAAAAGGUGAGAUCUCGAACUGACGUGCACUGGAUGUCCGAGAGUGGAAUCAUUGAUGUUUUCCUGCUGACAGGACCUACACCUUCCAAUGUCUUCAAGCAGUAUUCAUACCUUACCGGCACACAAGCUAUGCCCCCUCUUUUUUCCUUGGGGUACCAUCAGUGCCGCUGGAACUAUGAAGAUGAGCAGGAUGUCAAAGCAGUGGAUGAAGGAUUUGAUGACCACGACAUUCCUUACGACGUCAUGUGGCUGGACAUAGAGCACACUGAGGGCAAAAGGUACUUCACCUGGGACAAGAAAAGAUUCCCAAACCCUAAAGGGAUGCAAGAGCUGCUCAGGAGCAAAAACCGUAAGCUGGUCGUCAUUAGUGACCCCCACAUCAAGAUUGAUGCCGACUACUCAGUAUACGCUGAGGCCAAAGAACAGGGCUUCUUUGUGAGGAAUCAUGAAGGGGGAGACUUUGAAGGGGUCUGCUGGCCUGGUCUCUCUUCUUACCUGGAUUUCACCAAUCCCAAGGUCAGAGAGUGGUACUCUGGUCUUUUUGCUUUCUCUGCUUAUCAGGGAUCUACUGACAUCCUCUACAUCUGGAACGACAUGAAUGAGCCCUCCGUCUUCAGAGGGCCAGAGCUAACCAUGCACAAGAAUGCCAUUCAUCACGGCAACUGGGAGCACAGAGAACUUCACAACAUCUAUGGUUUUUAUCAGCAAAUGGCUACUGCAAAGGGACUGAUACAACGAUCUAGAGGGAAGGAGAGACCCUUUGUACUUACACGUUCUUUCUUUGCUGGGUCACAGAAGUAUGGUGCUGUAUGGACAGGUGACAACACAGCAGAAUGGAGUUACCUGAAAAUUUCUAUCCCAAUGCUUCUCACGCUCAGCAUUACUGGGAUCUCUUUUUGUGGAGCUGAUGUAGGUGGCUUCAUCGGGAAUCCAGAGGCAGAGCUGCUAGUGCGCUGGUACCAAGCCGGGGCCUACCAGCCCUUCUUCCGUGGCCAUGCCACCAUGAACACUGAGAGACGGGAACCCUGGCUCUUCGGGGAGGAACAUACCCGACUCAUCCGGGAAGCCAUCAGGGCGCGCUAUGCCCUUCUGCCCUAUUUGUAUUCUCUGUUCUACCACGCACACGUGACUUCCGAGCCUGUCAUGAGGCCUCUGUGGAUAGAGUUCCCUGCGGAAUUCGAGACAUUUGGUGUGGAAGAUGAAUACAUGCUGGGAAGUGCUUUAUUGGUUCAUCCAGUCACAGAACCUAAAGCCACCAUGGUUGACGUGCUUCUGCCAGGAUCAGAUGAGCUCUGGUAUGACUCUAAGACAUUUGCUCUUUGGGAAGGAGCACACACUGUGAAGAUUCCAGUAGCCUUGGACACUAUACCAGUGUUUCAACGAGGUGGAAGUAUAGUACCAACAAAGACAACUAUAGGAAAAUCCACCGGCUGCAUGGCUGAUUUCCCUUAUGAACUCCGGGUGGCUCUAAGCACUAAGGGUUCGGCCAUGGGUGAACUAUAUCUCGAUGACGGCCAUUCAUUCCAAUACCUCCACCAGAAGCAAUUCUUGCACAGGAAGUUUUCAUUCUCUUCAGGUGUUUUGAUCAACAGCUGUGCUGAUAAGAAGGGUCAUUAUCUCAGCAAGUGUGUGGUGGAGCAGAUCUGGGUCCUUGGCCUCAAGCAGCAGCCAUCUUCUGUGACCACCCACUCGCCUGGUAGUAAAGAUCAGCCUGUGGCUUUUACAUAUUGUGCCAAAACGUCCACCCUGAGCCUAAAGAAGCUCUCUCUGAACAUUGGCACGGACUGGCAGGUCUUCAUCAAGUGACAGAGCAUGACCUGGUGACGAGCACAGAGAGAGCAGCCUGCACCCUCCCGUCUUUCCCUGGGCCUGUACUGCACUGCAUGCUGAUUGACUUCCCAGGCUCACAAUAAUCAGUCAUUAGUUACCAGAUUACUAAUGAACAAGAGAUUUCAUAUUUUUCAAAUUGUACCUUUUUAGAUGUACUAGUAAUAUACUUUAUGUCAAAUACCACCUCUUCUCCUAGAUACAAGUAACCCCAAGACAUUUAUAGAGUUCAGGAAUUUUCCACUGUUUCUUGGUCAUGGCCCUAUGCUAAGCACGGUGGCCCAGUGAGUAGCUUCUCUUUGAACAUGGCUGGAUGGGCUUGUUUUACAUGAGGUAUGGUCAAGUCCACCUCGCGCAGCCCAUUUGUCAGCAUUUGCCUUGGGCCUUGAAGCAGAAUCACUCUGAGUACAGCAGCGGAGCUGCCAGAGGCCUAACUGCAAGUAGACAGGAGCUUCCAGCUCCUCUUACCCCUGUAGUUAUCGUUCACCCACUUAGAUGUGAACAAACAAUGCUUUUCUGCUUGCACUGCAUAUGCUGCAGCAACAGGUAGUUAAUCUCCCCUAGAGCUUGACUCAGGAGCACAAAGGAUUCUUUUUCCUUUAUUUCAGGCUCUAAAGUUCCAAAUUAAUUUUUUUAAGUCUGAUUUCUUUAUCUUAGUUGCUUGUAUUAAAUGCUGUCUACUGCCCAAAGAAUAUUUUUAACAUGAGUAUGCUAUAAGUUAUAAUAAUAAAAUCAAUACCCAUUUCCCCACCACCAAACUUCAGAAACAGAACACAGAACUGAGGCAGGGGUUGAGCAAUGAGACAUUUGCCUUGGGCACAAAAUUUAAGAUGGUGCCCCAAAAC